GAUUAUUAGUGAAAGACGGUCUGGUCUGGUCACUUUACUGAGCUAUUAAAUAUGAAGAGUACAGGGAAAAAACGUGCAAAGUCAGUAUUUUAUAAAAAUUAAGAUAAUACGUUUAUGUGUUGCCUUUCAAAGAAUAUUUUCAUAUAAGCAAUUAAUACCGGCAAGAAACGCACUGUGUCACUGGAUAUUUGCAGUUUUUAAAUAACUAUGCAGGGAAAGAACGUGCAAUGUCAUCGCGAUACUAGAUAAAAACGUGUUAAGUCAGGAAAAAACGUGUUGGGUUGAGAAAAUUAUAUUGUUUUUUUAAGCUCGUAGGUCAGUCUGCCGAUUAUUUUAACUGAGUGAACAUGGCGAGUGACACUAGUGGUGACGAAUUAGAUAAAAAAAUAUGUGGACUAUCUAAAAAACGUAAAAUAACUGGUCGUAUGUCUGAUGUUUCAAAAAAAAUACGCUUACAGAGUCAUGAAGUAGGGCCAGACUGUCAUUGUAAGUGAUUUCAGUGCUUUGAAAAAGUUUUACCUAAUGAACGGGCUAAAAUUAUUAAACAUUUUAAUGAGUUAGGUUCUUGGGACGAACAAAGUGCCUAUCUAUGUGGCCUUAUUCUUCUAAGUCCCGUUUUCCAACGAAGAAAUCGUCGCCCAGAAGAAGAAAGUCACUUCCGGCAGGCUAGUUACUUUUAUAAGGUAAGAGUGCUACGUAAUGAAGGAACAGUCGACAUUCCAGUAUGCCUUAAAGCAUUUUGUUCACUUCAUGGAAUUACACGAAGAAGAGUUCAGACUAUUCACACUUCACUUCUAGUCAAAGGAGUUGCUCCUAAGGACAACAGGGGGAAACAAUCCUAUAAACAUCGUGCACUUAAAGAAGAUAUAAAAAACUGUGUUAUUUCUCAUAUUCGUUCGUUUAAGGGUAGGUCUAGUCAUUAUAGCAAUAAAAAGUCAAAGAAAAUUUACUUACCUGAAGAUUUGAACAUUCGCAAAAUGCACUCAAUGUAUAAAUUAAAACAUCCAUAUAAAUCUGUGUCUUACGACACUUACAGAACUAUUUUUUCGACUGAUUUUAAUAUCAGUUUUGGAUAUCCCCGCUCUGACACCUGUUCCAAGUGCGAUGAAUUCAAUGCUAGAUUAAAGUCGCUAAAUUUAAGGCUUACCCAAAACAUCACUUUGGAAAUAAAAGAGUUCCUAAAUCGCAAAAUAAGAAAGCUUACAUUAGAGAAAGAACUUCAUAAGAAAAAAACAGAAGCCUUUUAUGCUAGGAAGAGACAAGCUCGACUUCAAAGUAGGAAAUCAAUUGAGAUAGAAGCGGUGGCCAUGGACUACCAAAAAAACUUACCAGUCCCGAACAUAACGACUAAUGACGUCUAUUAUAAGCGUCAAUUAUCUUUUUAUUCUUUUAACAUCCAUAGACUUUUGGAUGCUGAUUCAGUAUUUUAUACCUAUUCAGAAGAAGUAGCUAAGAAGGGUUCUAAUGAGGUAUGUUCUUUUUUAGAAGAUUAUGUUACUCAUCAUCUUCCUAGUAGCGUUAAGAUUUUAAUAAUUUUUUGCGACUCUUGUGGAGGACAAAAUAAGAACUUUACAGUGUUUCGCUAUUUGCACUACCUGGUCCACCAAAAAAAGAGGUUUCAAACUAUCAAAGUUGUAUUUCCGAUUAGGGGCCACUCAUUUAUGGAGUGUGACAAAAAUAUGGGUAUAAUUAACUGCAAAUCCAAGACCGAACUACCUUCAGACUGGGUUCGGGUUUUCAAGUUAGCUAGAGUUAAACCAACACCUUAUAAAAUAGAAGAAGUUAACGACAGCCUUAUAAGAGACUGGAGUGCAUUUUUGUCUCCUUUGUAUGUAAAGAAGUGUCCGUUUUUGAGUCGACCAAUAAGAGAGUUGGAAGUCACUGUGAAUCAUCCAAGAAUGAUUCUUCAUCGUGAAACCUAUAAUGGAUCUUGGACUACUUCCAUCGUAACUAAACCAGUCUCCAAACUCAUACGAGGCCCACCUUUAUCUGAAAAGGAGUUUCACUAUCCACCACGAGCUUAUAAUGGUAAAAUUCCUAUUUCAAGAGAAAAAUACAAAGAUCUACAGCAACUGAAAAAAUUUUGUGACGAGAGCACGAUUUCCUUUUACGACAAUCUUCCUGUACUACCCGCAAAGAAAAUCCCUAAAAUGAACAGAAGAGAAAAGCCCGUUAAAACAACAAAAAAUAAGCGCUAAACACCAAUAUAGUAAAUACGGUAAAAUUUAAAACAAAGUGACUUUGCACGUUUUUUUCCUGUUUUUUUUUGUACUUUGGUUGGUUUUGUAAUAAAAUUUAAAAAACUAAUUGAUAUUUUUUAAUUUCAUUACAUAAUUUAAAAAGCUAGUAUACGGUAUAAUAAUUGUUUCCAAAAUCAAAAUUUUAAAAAAAUUAUUAAAAAAUUUAUAGCGUUUUCAAAUUUAAAAUUUUAUUUUCUCAAAUUCAAUUAAUAGUGACUUUGCACGUUUUUUCCCUGUGGUCUUCAUAUAUCAGUCAUAUUCCAUCUACUUUAUAGUCUUGUUAACGAAACCAAGUUGUCAAGAUAAAAAUAAUUAUUCUUAAGUGUUAUCUGAACCUUUUUCAACAAUAUAACUUUGACAAUUUGCACAUUAGAAAGCCCUAACAAAAAAAACAUUAAAAUCCUUUAAAGCACCACUAAUAAAACCUUACAAGUCCAUUUUAUACCGUUAAACUGAUAGACAGUUAUUGCAUAUUGACAGAGUAUAGUG